UCUAGCUUGCUCGACAAUCAUCGCCAACGUCCAUACCACGCUGAAAAUACCAGAGCGCCACGAGCCGCCAACCAAGUCGCACGUGUCGCAGUAGUUACGAACCUAAAAAACUCAGAGAAAGCUUAUUUCAAUUCACCAACUAGCAAACAUACGGUGAAACAACACCAGGGUGGACCUUACAGAGACGCCCGACGGAGCCGAGCAGGCGAAUAAGGAAGGCAAUAGCCAAAAGGAUGAAAAUCCGCGAACUCAGAGCGAGGUAACCUCACAAACUUACCUCGCGCAAAGCAAUAAUAUAAAAAAUCUGGAGAGACUUCUAAAAGACCCAAACUCUCAGACGAAAAUAGCUGCAUUUUUUAAUAAACAAAAAAUGACAAAAGCUAAAAAGUCUUCGAACCAACCUAACCUUAACUCACAGGGCAGGAAGAAAAUAACACAGUUCAAUGACGCAGAAACAAGUCAAAGCUCCACGCCAGAUGCAAUUCUACAGGAAAGCCUUUCCCUGAAGAAAGAAAUAGCAGAAUUAAAAUGCAUAAUUCAAAAUCUGGAAAAAGAACAACAAAACAUAAAAAACGAACAAUCAUCGGUAGAACAAAGGACUCAUCCUACACCGAGACCCGAAAAAUACACAGCAAGAGAUGAAACAACACAAACUUCAGAAACAGACGACAUGCAACUUGCAGAAGAAGAAGACCCUUUCAUUGAAAAACUUAAGUACGAGAACAUAAGGAAAAGAAAAACCGACAGCAGGGAGCACGAAACAGCACAAGACACCGGAGGGAAAAGAUCUUCAACUCAAAAAACAUACAAUAAGACAGCAAGCUCGCCGGAAUCAGCAGAUAGACAGAUAUCAGCACAGAGGGAAGUCACCACACCUAAACUUCACAUGAAAACCAAGCCACCAUCUAUCAAUAUAAUGUAUCAAGACCCGAAAGAUACCAUAGAAUUAUUAAAAAGUAAGUUAAACAUAGAACACUUCUCAAUUAAAAGAAUCAGCAAUAACAAACACCUAGCUUUAUUAGAAAACACAAACGACUUCACGAAAACCAAAGAACUACUAACAAAAACAAACACAAAUUACUACACGUACACAGCAAAGUCAAACAAAAAUCACACUUACUUACUAAAAGGUAUUAAUCAGUCCUAUACAGAGGAGGAAAUACUAUCAGAAUUACACAGACAUAAUUAUGAAAAUAUUAAAUUCAUUAAAGCAAGCAGAUUCUCCACAAAGCGAUCAAUACAGAAUAAAAUCAUUUUACCAAUAUUCCUAGUAACAAUAGAAGCAAAUAGCAACCUUGAUAUGUUAAAAGAAAUUAAAUACAUAGAUUACAACGUAAUACACUGGGAAAGACUGAAAAAAAAGGAAACCAUACAGUGCAAAAAAUGCCAAAGAAUCGGGCAUGCGGCAAUAAAUUGUAACAUGUCAUACAGAUGCGUAAAAUGCAAAAGUAACCAUGAUCCAGAUAAAUGCGACUCAAUCAUCAAAAAAACGCUGAAAAUACCAGUUCUCGUCCGAUCACUGCAGUCAAGCAGCGUUGGGCACGUUUUCAAGAAAGAGAGCAAGUGUCAUCGUCAACGUCCAUACCACGCUGAAAAUACCAGUUCUCGUCCGAUCACUGCAGUCAAGCAGCGUUGGGCACGAUUAGUACUUGGAUGGGUGACCACUUGGGAACACCGUAUGAUGUUGUCAUCAUUUUUUUUCAUUUCUCUUUCAAUUUUUAAAUAAGAACUUAAAAAAAUUGUUU